CCCAAUUUAGUUGUGAAUUAUUUAUUGAAACUUGGUGAGCCUAAUGCUGAAGGUUGUUCAGAGAAGCAACCAGAGAGUGUUGCUGUUGCUGAUGUAUUUGGGAAGUCUGCUUCUCAGAAACCAGUAGGGAUGGUUUCUUCUAAGAAGCAAGACGUAGAGAAAACAGCAAAGAAAGGAACAAAGGAAAUGCUUCUGUGUUUUUCAAAGUUGAAAGUUCUGCAUUCUGAUUGUUUAAGUGAUGUUAAUAUCAAGGUUUUUGAGAGUUUAUAAUCCAAAAGCUAAGAGAAUGAAGAGUUUAAGGCUUCAGGUUGCUGAUUAUUGCUUUGGUGACAACUAUGAAGGUUUUGAUAUGAUGGAAGUUUUGGUGUUUUUUUUUCUGAAUUUUAUAAUUUGUCGCGUGAAGAAUUAUGACAUUGAUAGAGGAGGAGCUUAUUUCAAGUCGGGUUAUGGACUGUUUUUUUGUGUUGCUGAAUUAUGUUCAGUGCCAAAAAGCAGCUACUGUUGCCAAGUUAUAUUUUGGUGGUGAACAUAUGUUACCUCUUUUGCGCUGUAUAUUCAAUGGAGAAGGAUGCUUCUUUGAAAAAGAAAGUUUCGGAGCAUGGGAUCAAUGGCUUGAUGUUGUUAAAACUAUUGCAUUUUUUGAUGCAAAGCUGCUUUUUAUUCCCAUCUAUUAUUUCAAUCAUUAUUAUGUUGUUGUGAUAAACUUCAUCAACAGCUCUGUUGAUUAUCUCGACAAUAGAAGAUAUUUCUUGGGUGUUGGAAGGAAUAUUACUAGGACUUUUGAUGAACAUCAUACUUGUUAUUAUACUCUUGUUUGGUAUUUGAGACGCUACUUUUAAAAGUAUCUGGUUUUAAAGAAUCAUGAUCAAGGGGAACUUGUCAACGAUUUCCCUAUUAGAAUGAUCCCAAUUUAUUCUCAGCAGUGUUCAAAGAACAAUGAUUGUGGGGUUUUCUGUUUAUUUCAUUGUUCUGUAUACGAAGGCGAAGAAUUUCAUUGUAAAAAUUUGACAAAGCCAGCUAAUCGUCUUCGUUACAGAGCUGAAAUUUGUGCAUCAUUGGUCCUGGUAAUUUGAAUCAAUUACGGCUAGAUGUUCUGGAGAAGGUUAAAGUUUUUCUAGCCAACCAUGAUGAAAUUUAUAAUGAAGUCCUAACUAAUGAAGAGGUUGAUAAAGAAGAGCUUCUUGCCUUGGCUCAAGCUGAAAAGGAAGAAAAGGCUAAAGAGAAAUUGGCCAAAAAAGAAGCAAGACAGAAAACAAAUGAAGUAAAACAAAAGGAAAAGUUGGUUAAAAAACCAGCAAAAAAGAAACUAGAAGAAGAACAAGGAACAAAAAAGUUGUCUACAGAAGAAUAAAAAAACAAUGCAGAUGAAGAUGCAUCACUGGCUGCAAUUAUGGCAGAAACUAAGGCAACUAAGGCAAAGUUGUCUAAAGUCAAAGCAGCAGGUCAAUCAAAGCUCUCAUCUCGUCAAAAGUAAGAAGUGUCACUCUUUAAAGCUUUGAUUGCAUGUUAUCUUGAUCAAUGGAAAAGACGAAGGUGGAGGAUUAUUGGUGCCUUCCACCUGCAGAGAGAUCACCCUAUCUUGUGUAUACGCUCCGGAAUGUAUGUGGGGAUGAUGAUGAUGAUGAGUCUAAACCAACUCAAACAUUCUGCACUAUUGAUGAGGGUAAUGAUGUCAGUGAUUACUCGUAUAUCAAGAGUAUCCCUCAACUGCGCGGUAAAUUUAUUUGUGCCUCUUGUCAUGGCUGGUUAAUCUUAGGCGAUUUUGUAGACAAAUUCUUAUAUUAUUUAUGGAAUCCGCUCACAUUGGAACUUAUAGCACUCCCUCCGUUGCCAAAUUCAGCUUACACAGAUGAUGAGGCUCUUGAAAUUUAUGGAGAUCUUGAAAAAUAUAGAGCUUACACAUUGAUUACAUUAGGUGAUGAAGAUCUUGAAAAAAAUAGUGUUGGUAACAAUGUCUCUGUAGUUUUAUUGUUUUUUGAUGACAAAGUCUUUUCUUAUCGACUUAGCUCAAAGAGUAGUAGUGAUAUAAGUUCUAAUUGGAUCAAUCAUGGACUCGAGCUUUUUGGCAAGAAAUUAACAAUACACAAUGUUAUUACAGUGAACAAAGUCGUAUAUGCAUGGGCUCAUAAAUAUUAUAGAGAGGAUAUUGAUGGACCUGAUCGUUCAUCCAUUUUGUUAAGUAUUGAGGUUGCCAAUGACGCUACUGACUCAUUCACUAUAAAGUCCUUGCAAAUGGAUCCGCUGCCACAAAAUGGCUUAGUUAGUUCUGAUAAACUUGUGGACUAUUGGGUUGAAUCUUGUGGUCAUGUAUACUAUAUCUGGUAUCUUGUCCGCCGGUGUAUGGAUUGUCGUAUCAGGAUGGUGAAGAUUUAUGAGUUGGAUUUGGUGGGAAAUAAGUGGGUGGAGGUGAAGUCUUUGGAUGGCCGCGCCUUUUUCUUAGGCCAAGAUUGUAGCACCUGGUGCUGGGGAAGUAACUCAGGUGAUGGCAGUGGAUGUGUCCGAGGGGAUUGCAUAUACUUUCCUGUUCCAAAAAGAGAGUAUUUUGAUAAUACUAUAUAUUAUUGUUACAGCCUAAAUGAGGGUGCUUUGAGUAUGAAAUUGUUCCGCUCAGAGCUAUCAAGACAUUAUGCUCCUAUUUGGCUGAAUUUGAUGCCGCAAUAUCACAGUUUAUUAGGCGUUCAGGAUAUGAAAGGCAAAGAAUUGACUCAGAUUAAGGAAAAUGUAGAUGGUCUUGACUGUGAGAUGAUUAGUUAUAGUACAAGCUACGAUGAGUGCCACAGAGAAGAGAACAAAAGACGAGGAAAAAGACCACAACUCUCUGAGCUUCCACUCCAUCUUAUAUAUCUGAUUUCAAAGUAUAUGCAUUUGUUCGAUCUCUGGAAUUUUCGAGUUAGCUGUAAGACAUUUCAUGAUGCAGUAUCUCAACCCCAACACAGAACCAAUAACAUGCUUCCGUUGUUUGUCGUCUUGAAGAAUGAUGGCAGAUCUUGUGAAAUAAUAGACCCAUCACUUGAUUAUUCAUGUUCCAGCAUUUUGCAACUUUCUUCUGACCCUUUUGCUAUUGAAUUUUUCAAGGAUGGGUGGUUAGUUAUAUCUGUUGAUUCUAAAACACAAUUGAAAUACUAUAAUCCCUUCUCAAGAGUUAGUGGGGAUUUUCCUUCUGAUGUUGAUAUACAUCGCUUUACACGCAUCGGAUUCUCUACAUACCCUACUUCUCCUGAUUGUGUCACGGUUGCAAUUGAUAAUAGCAUACCUUGUGCAGUCAAAAUCUAUUGCAUUAAAUAUGGGGAUGAAUCAUGGGAUAGUUUUAUGUUUCGCCGCCGCCUUAACUUUUUCUUUGGAUCAAGCAGCCCAAUUUAUAUAGCAGGAACAUUCUACAUUCUCGACGCAGUUGGAAAUCUUGGAGCAUAUAUAUUGAUAGAUGGUAAAGGAAGUUGGAGAGUUUACAAUAGGCCGUACAUUAUUGGGAAUUUGAAACGUACGAGGGCCUAUUUGGUUGAGAGUGAUGGAGAACCACACUUUGUGUGUAUUCGUGAUGAUUGGGGACCUUGGGUUAAAGUGUUCAAGUUCAACCUUCUCCAGGUUAAAUGGCUUGAAGUUAAAAGCCUGGGAAACCAUAGCUUUUUCUUGAGUCAUACUUUUUCGUUUUCAGUAGAAAUUACAAAGGCUGGGAUGCAAAAUAGGAUCUAUCUUUCAAGGCUCAAAGGGAAUGGUAUACUUUUCUACUCGCUUGAGACACAUAAGUAUCAUGUUUUGGGGACUGAAGAUUCCAUGGAGCACUUUUCCGGUACCCAGGAGCCAAUGCAGUGCUGUUGGCUUUAACUCAUAUACAUUGUGCCAUUUUAUGAAAUCUUCUUCCACAUAAUGUGAAUCUAAGGAUCAGUUUAAAAGUUGAAUCUGUUUUAGUGUUUAGUAAAUUAAGUGUUUCCCUUGAUUUUGAUUUUUUGCCAAAGCAAUCUUACUUCUGUACGCCUGCUUUUGUAUUUGAACCUUGUAUUAUGAUUCCUUCACAUUAGCUACUUUGACAAGAACUGAACAUCUGCUGGUUUCUGCUGCGGCUAUAAUACUCGAGUCUUGACAGUUGACA